CGGACCGGACACCGGACUACCGGAGUCUCGUCGCACUGCGCCAUCGUCGUGCCGCGUCCGUCACAGUCCGGCAGCCACCUAUUUGAGAAUUGAGUUCCGCACGACGGGGCGACGAGGUUGCCGGCUUUACCGCAUCGGCGCAUCGACGAUAACAAUAACAACAACAACAAUAACUCCACGACUACUACCAAUUAUCGUCUUAUCUUAUCUCGUCGCGUCACAUAUUGAUAUUAUGGUAGUAUGGAACAACCAUCAACGACUAUAUUAUUAACUACUAUAGCGUAGUAGCGUGACGAAUAUUUAUUAUUUAUAGUUUAUAGUUUAUACCGUAUUACCGUAGUGUACACGUCUUUAUCGUCGAAAAUAUUAUUAUAGUACUCGUAAUUAAUUAAUACCUAUUAUAAAUCAUUACGAACUACGAAGCCGGUUCCAAAUAUAUUAUUGAUACUAUUAUAGAACAUCGGCCUGUACGUGACUAUGGCAUAGAAAAAAGAUUAAUUGGUGGCCUACUAAACAUAAACUAAAAUGUAAAUACCUAAACUAAUGCAGUAGGUAUACCGUUACUAUUAUGUAUUUAUGCCGACCGAUACGGGUUUCCGAAUGAAAUCCGAUCGAAACCAAUUUCGUCGCGUACUAUAAAUAUUUGGUGAUGAUGACACCAUUACCAGUACCGCGGCAUUCAUGAUGUCAAACAGUACUAAUGCAUCGCCCAGCCGUAUUCCAAAGCCGAAUUGGUUGCGGCACUCGAAUAAGACACCGAAGAUCCAAAGACAUCAGAGUCUACAAACUUUAAAUACUUAUGAAAAAGAUGACGAUUGUGCAUCAGAAAAAAGUUUUGGCAGUACAACCAGCAGUCAGUGUGAUAAUGGCCAUUCUAUGUUUGCUCUUAAUGGCACCACAUAUUCCAGCCGCAAAAAGGCUUAUUUACACUAUUGUCCCUCAAAUAUAGGCAGUGAAGAGUAUCUUACUCCUACACAAAGAUCUAGUCGAACUAUCAGAAAUCUUAGAAGAUUGCUAAAUGAUGCUCACAGUGAACUUAAUGAUAAAGAUACAGAGAUUGAUCGACUUAAAAAAGAAAAUAUUGAACUUAAAGUAAAAUGUGGUUAUGAAACUGCUAACAAUUCAAUUGCUGAAGGUAAUGAAGAUGAAGACACAGCUAGAUUCAUACCCAGUAAAGAACAAACCCCUGAACUUGAUUCAACUAAACUUUCAAGGAGUUUUUUGAAUCCAUCACCAUCACCAGCAGAUUCAGGACAUGGUGAUGAAUAUGAUGAAGCUAAAAAAUUAAGACAAGCUUAUGACGAGUUGCGCGAGAAACAUAAUGAUAAGAUUGAAGAACUAUUAAAACGCUUAGGAGAACUUCAUGAAAAAUAUUAUGGAUUAAAACCAUUACUUGAUGAAGCAUAUAUCAGAAUCAAAGAACUUGAAAUGGAAAAUGAUUUCCUUAAAUGGUCUAAAGCUGCACCAGAUAAUACUAAAACUACUAUUGAUCAAACUUCUAUUGAUCACAUAAAGAAGAAUUUUUGUGAUGUUCUUACUCAGACUCAAUCAGUAUUACAAUUAGAUAAGAAGACUGAAACUGAUCAAACACACCACAAUUUCUAUGGUGCUACUACAGAAAAUAUUCUAAACUCCUUACACAAAUCGGACUCAGACCAAAAUCAUGUAAUCCCAACGCAAACUCAACAAAUUGUAUGUCUAGAAAAGGAUACUGAGACUAAUGGUCAGGAAGUCGAAGACUGUGUUGAUGAGCUGAGUAAUGUUAAGUUACAACUAAAAAAGACCAAAGGACGUAGCCAAAGUGUUGGUGGCGCUUUGUUAUCCGGACCUGAGGCCAUUGCCCUUUGGAUGAUCGGCACGAAAAAGGCAAUGUAUGAAACUAUUCUCCAACAACAAUUGGAACAACAACGUCAACGUCCAAUACAUGAUGCUGAAAUGACAUUGCAAUUCUUAAAAUCAGCAUUUUACUAUUAUCUUACAGAUCCCUCAAAUACUACUGGACAUUUAAACGCUAUAUUAAGCAUACUUCGGUAUUCAGAUGCUGAAAAAAAAAUAAUUGAGAGAAAUCAAGCGUGGAAAUAACAUUGUUUUUAAAAAUAUUUGAAUUAUUUGUAAUUAAUGUCAAAUUCGAAUUUAACUGAAAACAUUUUUUUUCUGUAUGAACUAUGACAAGAAAUUUGUUGUUCCAAACCGGUGUAAAAUUAUCCCCAUAUUAUCCCAGUGCGGGAUAACGAACAAUGUAAAUGAUAUGGUACAAACAUUGAGGUGGGGUUUUUUCCACACCAGUUUGAGCGAGCGAACUUCUAGUGAAUGUUUUAUUUUAAAAUAAGUUUCCUAAUUAGUUUGUAUUUCUUGGUUUUCUGUUCUGUUAUUAUUUUAUUUUAUUUAUUUAUUAAUUAUUUUUAAAUAGAUUGUAGUAUCAGUAUUAUGAUUAUUGCUAGGGAUUUUGUGAGAUUUAUUAGAAUAUUAUUUUAUGUUUUAAAAGAAUGUUUGUUGUUUACUUUUUACUACUUUUUGGUUCAGCUUUCAUUUUCCUCAUAGUAUUAAGUAUACACUGUCUUUAUAACAUUUUUCAAUCAAUUCAGAUCAGUUACUUUAACAUAUUGAUCAUAAUAUUAUUAUUUAUUUUAAUAUGACAAUUUACUAUACAGUAUACAGUACAUUUUUGGGCAAUAUGUAUGUUGUCAAUGCACAGAAAACAUUAUUCUGUGGUUAAAGUUUAAUUAAUAAAUGGAUUAUUA